AUGGCAGUCCGCUCAGUUUUCGAUCCCAAGGAUAUGAUCUUCCGCCACCUUGGCCCUACAGGUCUUAAGGUCAGCGUCUUCAGUCUUGGCGGCUGGUUGACGUAUGGUGGCACACAGAAGGGCAACAUUGUCAAGGACUGCCUCGAGACUGCUUGGAACCACGGCAUCAAUUUCUUCGAUACUGCAGAGGUCUACGCAAAUGGUCAAUCCGAGAUCGAGAUGGGCAACGCGCUCAAGGAACUUAAUUGGCCUCGUGACGAAUACGUUCUGUCAACAAAGAUCUUUUUCGGAACCGGCCGAAAAGAGCCCAAUACUCGAGGCCUCUCCCGCAAGCACGUUGUCGAAGGACUGAAGUCUUCCCUCGAGCGCCUGCAGCAACCAUACGUCGACAUCGUCUUAGCCCAUCGCCCGGACCGUGCUACACCCAUGAAGGAAAUCGUUGAAGGCUUCACUCAGGUCAUCCGCAACCUCAACCUCGCCUACUAUUGGGGAACCUCAGAAUGGUCCGCCGUCGAGAUCCAAGAAGCUACUCAGAUCGCCGAGCGCUACAAUUUGAUUGCACCAAUCGCCGAGCAGCCGCAGUACAACGCCUUCCACCGCGAACGCUUCGAAGUCGAGUAUGCUCCGCUCUUCGAACAGUUUCAGUACGGCACAACGAUUUGGUCACCAUUAGCUUCUGGUCUUCUGACUGGCAAGUACAACGACGGUAUUCCUGAGGGUUCUCGAUUCGCAAACCACAAGGAAGUCUUCGGCAGCACGAUUGACUCCCUGCAACAAGAGGAGGGCAAGGCGAAGAUUGAGAAGGUCAAGAAGCUGACCAAGAUCGCUGAGCGACUAGGUGGAAAUAUGAGCCAGCUGGCCCUUGCGUGGGCGGCCAAGAAUCCCAAUGUCAGCACGGUGAUUCUAGGAGCGACGAAGGUCGAGCAGAUCGAGGAUAACUGCAAGGCGAUUCAGCUGAUCCAGAAGUUGGACGACAAGACAAUGCAGGAGAUCGAGGAGAUCCUCGAUAACAAGCCAACCCCCGCUCCGAAGUACGGACGUGAGAGGUAUAAGGAGUAUGACCAUGCACUUCCACUGGAGGAGGAGUUCUGGGUAAGUAAAGACAAGCUGAAAGAGAUAUGUAGUCGAUUCCAGGCAGAGCUUCAGCAGGGUUUGGAAAUGGAUGGUGCCAACAUCGCGAUGUAUGUGACUUGGGUUCAAGGCUUGCCUACCGGACGCGAGAAGGGAUCGUUCCUAACCGUUGACUUGGGUGGGACGAAUAUCAGGGUCUGUUGGGUGACACUGCUGGGUGAGGACGGGACUGGAGACAAGACCGAGGUUAAGCAACAGCAGUACGCGAUUGAUGAGGAGGUGAAGACGGGCAAGGCGGAGCAGCUGUGGGAGUUCGUCGCUGAAUCCAUAGAGGCCUUCAUCAAGGAGGAAGACCUCACUAAGAACGGAGAUAUCCCACUUGGGUUCACCUUCUCGUACCCAGCAACUCAAGAGAGAAUCGAUCAUGGCGUGCUGCAGACAUGGACUAAAGGCUUCGACAUUGAUGGUGUGGAGGGGGAGGACGUGAGCAAGCAGCUGAGGCAUGCCUUGAAGCAGAAGGAUCUGCCAGUGCGGCUUGUGGCACUAAUUAAUGAUACGACUGGCGCUCUCAUAGCUUCUCACUACAACGAUCCGGACACCAUCAUUGGCGCCAUAUUUGGCACGGGAUGCAAUGCCGCGUACAUGGAAACUCGAAUGCCCAAGCUGAAGUCCUCGGUGGAUAUCAUGGCCAUCAAUUGCGAAUAUGGCGCCUUUGACAACGAUCACAGGGUGUUGCCUCGGACCAAGUACGAUGAGCAGAUUGACAAGGAGUCACCACGGCCGGGUGAGCAGACUUUCGAGAAGAUGAGCGCAGGGCUGUAUCUAGGAGAGAUUUAUCGACUGAUUAUCCUCGACCUAUUUGAACAAAAGCUACUCUUUCAUGGGCAAGACCUCUCAGCGCUGCACGACCCGUACAUCUUGGACACUGGGUUCUUGUCCGGUCUGGAAGAUGAUGGGCUUCAGAAGUCGAUGGAGUCUUUCCUAAAGUACAAAAUCACGGCUACCGACGACGAGAUACGUUCCCUUGUCAAGAUUGCUGAGAUAGUCACUGUAAGAGGAGCCAGACUAUGCGCUUGCGGUGUCGGGGCAAUCGCUCAGAAGCAGGGUCUGGCUAAGGGUCAUAUUGCCGCAGACGGUUCGGUUGCGAACAAACAUCCCAAGUUCAAGAAGAGGUGGUCGCAGGCUCUUGGCGAGAUCUUGGACUGGAAAAACGAUGAAGAGCCCAUCAAAAUGACUUCGGCGGAAGAUGGCUCCGGCGUAGGUGCUGCUAUCAUUGCGGCGAUGGCAAUAGAGAGAGGUUGGGUAAAAUCAGGCUAA